AUGAGCCGCCGGCUGAGUCGAGGACACAAGAAGCUACAGCGAGUGAGAGGGACACUUUGUGGAAGUAUGGUUGGCCAGGUGGAGCACCGAGGAGGAAAGAGAUUGUUUGGGAGGACUUUUUGGACGUAUCUCAGCAGAAGGCUGGAAUCGCACACUGUGAGCAAUCACGGAGUUUCGAAAAUUCUUGCCUACAUGGCAGUACAUCAAAAUUCAAGACCCAUCAGCGAGAUUCUGGCCCACCCGUUUGGGCACACAGAAGGCCAACGUGAUCUACGAGAGAUAUGCCGUUCGACCACACGGAUGCUCUUGGACCAUCUCCAACCGGAUCCACUCACGCCCGCCCCCCCACCGAUUUUGCUCUGGCUGCAAUGCUUGAUGGAUGCCAAUCCGCGCCCAUUCUAUGUAUACACGAGUAGGACCUGGCGGGACGUGUAUCGCGAGCUUGCACACAUUUACAAGAGUCCUGCUCCGCUCGGCGCUCAUCUCGCAUCACUGAGUUAUACCGAUCUCUCACGAAUACUGCUCGCUCACUGGGUUCCACACGUUCUGCCAGGGGAAAGCGAUGCUCCAAAGACAGGCACGGCGGAUGCCACGUACCCCUUCAUGGCAGUAAACACAUUCGACCCUCCCUCGCCACUAGUCCUCCAGCUAGCCAUGGAGCGACGAAGAAGGGUCAAAGUCUCGAUGCGACGAAGACCUAUCCGCCAGAACAACCCACUCAUCGAUCUCUUCAUCAUCCUCAACCAGCACAGCGUACCACUCGCAGGGCUUGCUCAAGACGUUUUCGAGAUCUUCCACUACAAGCGACCAGAGAUCACUUUCAAGUUCUUCCGCCACUUCUGGUACCGUCAUUUCCUCGAAGUUGAUGUGCAGUUUGCCCAACGCCUGGUCCACCACUUCUUGAAGAUCGAUCAGCCAUUGUUUGCGUACCGCGUCUUCACGUACGUUCCGAAUCUACCUCUCAGUCGCUGCUACGAGCUGCCGCUCAAACUCGCUGCCGACGGCAUCGGGCACUCGGCCAAUAUUUGGAGAAUCUUGCGACGUCAGGCUCCUCCAGAUUACCUUCAAUCGUCCGCCAGGGACAAGCACAAUUUAAGUCUCGUGCCAGAGCACAUCGAGCUCGUCAAUCUCGUUGCUUGGAAGUUUGCGUUGUCCAAGACGCUCGAUGAUCGCGUGGCAUUUCGUCGAGUCUGGGAAUGCUACCGCUUCCUCAGCGAUCGCGGCGCACCCAUCAGUACCGUCAUGACACGCGCCAUGGUGACGGCAGGUGUGGUCCGUCCUCUUCGUGAUCGUCGGCGCCCAGGCACGACGAAGUUCAAAUACAUCCACGAUCUGGUCAAGCGAGUCGAGGGAGAAGAGGUCGCCCGCGCCCUCGAUCGUGCCGUGUAUACGACGUGGAAUUACAAGACAUUGAAGACGGGUAUUGAAGCCGUGCGGUAUUUGGUCGAGGAGAAGAUGGGGAGGAGGGUCAAUGGCGAUCAGAAAUGGCUCAUGGGAACAGUGAAAUUGUGGAGCAGAGGCAAGAAACGCUUGCGCGCCUACGAUCGGUCGUACGAUAAAUCCGCUGCGGCUGAGGCGGCAGCGAAACGGCGUCUGAAAGAACCUGUCACGGGAACGGAGCCCAAGAGCAAGCUGGACAUCUCUCUGACCACGCUCGUGCCGUUCCAACCGCUCGCUCCCACGCACGAUUCAGCAGCGGACUUUCCGUUCGAGCCGUCCAACAAACAUGAAGAUGAUGGCACAACAUGCCCGCCUUCCAUUGCAGCUUCCGGAACCGACGACCCGGUCGAUGCUACGGUCGACAGCGAAGCCGUGCAGCACAAAGAGGCUUCGUCUUCAAGAGACGACACAGCCGACUCCGAGAUCAAGAUCAGGAUCUGCGACAUCUCACCCCCUGUUGAGCAACCCACAGCUCGUGCACGAAGCGGCCUAGGCUACGACGACGAUGCUACUCCCGCUACUGCGAGCUCGCCGACCGAGCAUCAUGCUCCCUCUGGCGAGACAGUUCGAAAGCUGCAGCAGCGACCGAAAACGCCAGCCUUGAUACCGACAGCAAAGGGCACAUACCAGGCCAACAAGGUCAGAAUCGUGCUGAACGAUGUUGUGGCUGGCUCGAUGAGAGAGAGAUUUACUAUGAAGAAUGUCACGCCUUGGUCGUGGGUGGAUCCGGCGGAUGGGUCGUUGGGGUCGGAGGACGAGGAACAUGACGAGGUCUGCUUGGUGCACAGCCAGCAGAUCUGAUCAAGCAUCGGGUGGUCGAUAUGCAUAUAUACAGAUGAUCUAUGAUACCCAGCAUUCGACUUUCCCGCC